GAUAUUUGUGCGACGUUGAAUCUGACCCGGUCGCCUUCGGUGUCGGAGGGACACCAGGAUUUUUCUUUAUUGUUUAAUGGCUUUACGGAUUUUCCGGCUGUUUGUGCCUUCGGGCGCAGCGGCGUUUAAAACAGUCUCACUUUCACAAACGGCCGGGAUCCACACGUGUCCAGUUAGAAGUCUGCGAUACGGAUGGUGGGCGUACGCUCUGGGUGAGAGGACCACACCCAGGCUGAAGGAGAACAGCAAGAUCUUCUGUAUAGACGGCAACCUUGCUUCUGGGAAAGGGGCUCUGGCACAGAAACUGGCCGACCGCCUGGGGAUGCUGUACAUGCCUGAGCCUGAUGUGAACUACGUGGACAGAAUGACUAAAGAGAAAAUCCCUCUGGAUUCAAGCUACAACGGCAACUGCAGCUUGGAGAAGUUCUACCUGGAUCCCAAAGCCAGUGACGGAAACUCGUACCGUCUGCAGUCCUGGAUGUACCUCAUGAGACUGCUGCAGUAUUCGGACGCCGUCGAGCAUCUUCUCACCACAGGACAGGGAGUCAUCCUCAAACGUUCUCCUUUCAGCGAUGUGGUGUUUUUGGAGGCCAUGUCCAAUCAAGGUUACAUCAGGAAGCAGUGUGUGGAUCAUUACAACGAGAUUAAAGACAUCAGUAUCUGUGAGUUUUGGGUCCCGCACCUCGUCAUCUACGUAGAUUCUCCUGCUGAGGAGGUGCAGAAGAAGCUCAAGGCAUCUGGAAAGGUGUGUAGGAUCACAUUUAAACCUGGUUCUGGGAGGAUUUACAGGAUUGAUCGUAACACACAAAACUCUGCUUUUAUUUACAGCGAGGAGGCUGAAGUGCUCGCUUACGAUACAACACAAGUGCAAGAUAUCGAGAAGAUAGCAGAGGAUAUCGAGUACCUGAAGUUCGAGAAGGGCCCGUGGUUGGAGCAGGAUGACGUCACGUUCCAUCACAUGAGAAUUCUUGUGGAAGAUAAACAGCGGGUGGCCAACAUGACCUGCAUCCCCAGAUACAUCCCAGAGGUCACCAUCGGCGCUCACGAGUUUGACAAAACCUACUACUCUUUCAAAUCGCUUCCAGGAAAGCAGUACGCAGAGGGUUACAACGAAGAGGCAGGAGACAAAGGGAUCUGGCUGAAGUGAAACUUUAACCCAAGGGAAAGUGAAAUCGAGGACUUUUCCGUCUCACCGCUUUCUCGUGCAUCCACGUCUCGGAGGAGAGAUAAGUUCCAUCAGACGACGUAUUCUGCUGUUAUGUAAAUUGUUAUCGAAUAAAUGCUAUAUGUUGAAAUCA